AUGGGGGGUAUUUUGAGUUUGGUUGGUCCCAGAUCUCGGACAAAUGAGUACCAUGAAGUCUCUCCGAAUGAUACCUGUAAGAGGCAAAGAUUGUCAUCAUGUACUUUCGAGGAGAGACAAAGAUUAAUUCCCAAUCUUCCUGAUGAGAUAUCAAUCCAAAUUAUUGCUAGACUUCCUAGAAUUUGCUACUUUGAUAUCAGGCUGGUUUCACGGAAGUGGAAGGAAACUGUUAGGAGCUCUGAACUAUUUAAAUUGCGAAAAGAACUUGGUAGAACUGAAGAAUGGCUAUACAUGUUGACUAAAAUUGAAGAGGAUAAACUUUCCUGGCAUGCUUUUGACCCCCUGUCAACAAAGUGGCUGAGGCUACCUCAGAUGCCCAAUGUAGUUUAUGAAGAAGAAUCUAGUAAGGGUUUGUCUUGGUUUUGGAUGUUGAAUAUGGUGGGCCCAACCAUCAAAAUUGCUGAUACUAUUAGAGGCUGGCUAGGGAGAAAGAAUUCAUUUGAUCAAAUGCCAUUUUGUGGUUGUGCCAUUGGUGCUGUUGAUGGAUGCCUCUAUGUUCUAGGUGGAUUUUAUAGAUCUACGACCAUGAGGUGCGUCUGGAGAUUUGAUCCUAUUCAGAACGCAUGGAGCGAAGUGAGAGCCAUGUCCGCAAGUAGGGCCUAUUGUAAGACAGGCAUUCUGAAUAACAAGCUCUAUGUUGUUGGAGGGGUUAGUCGAGGACGAGGUGGAUUGAUCCCUCUUCAGUCUGCCGAAGUUUUUGAGCCCUCCACUGGUACAUGGUCCCAAGUACCAAGCAUGCCAUUCUCAAGAGCUCAAGCCAUGCCCACUGCCUUUUUGACUGACAUGCUAAGGCCAAUUGCCACUGGGUUGACUUCAUACAUGGGAAGGUUAUGUGUAUCCCAGAGUCUCUACUCAUGGCCCUUUUUUGUUGAUGUUGGGGGAGAAAUUUAUGAUCCUGAGACAAAUUCAUGGGAUGAUAUGCCAAUUGGCAUGGGAGAGGGUUGGCCUGCUCGGCAGGUGGGUACAAAGUUGAGCGUUGUGGUUGAUGGUGAAUUGUAUGCAUUUGAUCCUUCGAGUUCUUUGGAUAGUGGUAAGAUCAAGGUGUAUGAUCAAGGAGAAGAUGCUUGGAAAGUUGUUAUAGGAAAAGUCCCUAUUCAUGACUUUGCUGGUUCAGAAUCUCCAUAUUUACUUGCUGGUUUUCAUGGAAAGCUUCAUGUCAUCACAAAAGAUGUAAAUCAUGAAAUCACAGUUCUGCGGGCUGACCUGUGCAGUAAUUUGGGGCCUUUGUCACCAAGCUCACCUUCUCUCUUACCUGGCUUCUCACUUGAUCAUUCUGACUCAGUGGCAGAAUCAGAUGCAGUUGUGUGGAAGGCCAUUGGCACUAGGGAUUUUGGGUCAGUUGAAUUGGUUGGUUGUCAAGUCAUUGACGUUUAG